AUGGAAUCAACGCAUGAGCCGGCCGACCCUGUCGCCAAGGGCGUGCUCGCGACGGCACGGCAGUCGUGGAACGACCUGUUCACCUUCCGGCAGCGCGUGGUGGUGACCAACGCGCUGGGCGAGACCAGCACCGAGUGGGCGCGGCCGGUGCCGCUGCGCAACCCCAUCAGCCUGCUGGCGCAGCUGUCGGUCCGCGGCUGGCUCUUCUUCUUCGUCGGCUUCGCCGCCUGGACCGCCGACGCCUACGACUUCCACGCGCUGUCCAUCCAGCAGGUCAAGCUGUCCGAGUACUACAACAGGUCCAUCACCGACGUGUCGACCGCCAUCACGCUGACCUUGCUGCUGCGCUCCGUCGGCGCCGCCAUCUUCGGCCUGGCCGGCGACCGCUGGGGCCGCAAGUGGCCCAUGGUGUUCAACAUGAUUGUGCUCGGCGCUCUGCAGAUUGCCACCAUCUACAGCCGGACGUUCUCGGACUUUUUGGCCGUGCGGUCGCUGUUCGGCUUGUUCAUGGGCGGAGUAUUCGGCAACGCCAUCGCCAUGGCGCUCGAGCACUGCCCUCCCGACGCGAGGGGUCUGAUGUCGGGCGUCCUGCAGCAGGGCUAUGCCUUCGGCUACGUGUGCGCCGCGUGCGCGAACCUGGGCGUCGGCGGCGGCGAGGACAGCUGGAAGACCGUCUUUUGGAUCGGCGCCGGCCUGUCCUUCGGUGUCGGCGUCAUCCGCUGCUUUUUCCCCGAGUCGGAGCAGUUCAUCCAGGCCCGCAAGGCCGGCAAGACCCACGUCACCCCUAAGGCCUUCUGGCGCGAGACCAAAUUGAUGCUCGCCCAGGACUGGAAGAUGUGUGUCUACUGCGUCAUUCUCAUGACCUGGUUCAACUUCUACAGCCACACCUCGCAGGACAGCUACACGACCUUCAUGCUCACGCAGAAGGAGCUCGACAACGCGGCCGCCAGCCGCGCCAGCAUCCUGAUGAAGGUCGGCGCCUGCGUCGGCGGCACCAUCCUGGGCUAUGUGUCGCAGUGGUUCGGGCGACGCCGCACCAUCAUCGUGGCCGCCAUCCUCAGCGGCCUGCUGAUUCCGGCCUGGAUCCUGCCCGAGGGCGAGCGCGGCCUGUCCGCCUCGGGCUUCUUCCUCCAGUUCUUCGUCCAGGGCGCCUGGGGCGUCAUCCCCAUCCACCUCAACGAGCUGUCCCCGCCGGCGUUCCGCUCCUUGUUCCCGGGCGUGACCUACCAGCUGGGCAACAUGAUCUCGUCGCCCUCGGCCCAGAUCGUCAACGCCAUCGCCGGCAGCCACUUCGUCACGAGCAAGUCCGGCAAGCAGGUCGACGCUUACGGCCCCACCAUGGGCAUCGCCACCGCCAUCAUCGCCGUCGGUAUCGCCGUCACCACCGCGCUGGGGCCCGAGAAGUGCGGCCGCGAGUUCGAGAAGUCGCUGCCGGCGGGCAUGAACGUUGUGCAGGAGAACGGCAAGGUCGUGGACCUCGAGCGCGCGGACAGCAGGGAGGCCGGGCCCAAGGGCGGGACGGCGGGCGAGGUUGAGGACGCGGGUGCCCUGCCGUCGGAGAAGAAGUGA